UAUAUAGAAAUUUGGUUUUGUUCAUUUGUCAGCUGGUGAACUUUUGCGACAAGAACGGGACAGUGGUUCGAAAGAUGGAAAUCUUAUUCAGGAUUGCAUUAAAGAAGGAAAGAUUGUUCCUGUAGCAAUUACAGUUACACUUUUACAAAAGGUGUAUAUGCAGUGCCAGAGAAACCAUAUUAUUUAAUAAAAACAAGCUGAUCUACAGGGUGUCCCAAGUAUACAUUUUGAAAUUUUCCUUUUGUAAUAAUUUGAAUGUCUGAGCAUUAUGCUGAAUCCACGGAAGCGGAAAAUACAGGGUGUAUAUAUUAACAAACGAAACCUGAAUAAAUAAUUUUGUUCUUUUUAAGUACUACUCCUGGGAAUUUCAAAUAGCUUAUAAUAUUAUAAAAGAAGAGUGAUUCAGGGGUAUUUUGCGGGGGGGGGGGGAGAUUCCCCCUAAAAUCCCGAAUUCCCUCCCCCCCCCAAUCUGAAAAUAGCUAAAUUCUGGGAGGGAGCAUUUCUCCCCAAAAUGGAAUAUGAAUAUCAUUAUUAAUAUUAAAGCUCCCAUCCAAGUCCCAAAACCUAAAAUACCCCUGGUGACUACACAAAUUACUAAUCAGUCACACCGUCAGCUCGAGCAAACAUAGUUCAACGAAUCACGGAGCAAGAGUUUUUAUUGUGUUAAAUUAUACGCUCAAAGUACAUAUUAAAUUAUUGUGUUUACGCACUUGUGGGUUCAACAUAGUAAUAAGGCAUUCAUUUCCAACAAAGGCUUGAUUUCAAAAGGUAUACUAUUUUUUUGGGACACCCUGUAUGUUAAACAAACUGUCAGUCUACCUCAGUAAUAAAAUUAAAAACGCCAUAUACAGUAUUUUACAUAUGUGUCUGGAAAAACAACGUACUAUUAAACCUAUCCCUCCUUUCCUUCAAAGAGGGACUGCUCGCAGUCUAGGCAAAAAUGACUCGUAGCUGAAAAGAACAUUUCGGAAGAAGUGAAAGUGCUAGGUGUGAGACAAAUCACCCAUGCAGUAAAAACUGCAAAUUUGACAGGAAUUUAAAAGUGGGCUCACUUUAGCCGGCUGUGGUGUUAGCUCAAUUUAAGGUGUAUGUAGUAGUAAUUGUAAUUAAAAACUUCUAUAGCGCAUUUUCCAUGACUAAAUGAUCAAAUGCGCUGAUCAAAUGCGCAAAUGCGAUCAAAUAAUAGUCUGCUCGCACGAAGGGUCGCGUAACCCAGAGGUGCCUUCUCACAGGCUAUGUGUGUAGCUUCCUGCCGUAGUUGCACAAGUUGUUUCAGAUUUUGCACUUUUAUUAAUGGAACUGUAGAGAAAAUUUGACGAUUAACCAUGACUGCAAUGUUUGCAAAAUUUUUCAAUUGUUUUAGGCAAUGGAGAGGAGUCCUGUGAAGAAAUUUCUUGUUGAUGGUUUUCCAAGAAAUGAAGAUAAUCUUCAAGGUUGGAGUGAAAAAAUGGAUGGUAUUGUUGAUGUGAAAUGUGUUCUGUUCUUUGAUUGUCCAGAAGAGGUUAGUAUACAAUUCAAUGUUAACGUUUUAAUGAGUGAAAACACAGUUUAAAAGAUAUUUGUAUAUAUAUAGUGGACCAAUACAUGUGAAGUUUUGCUUUGUGGCAAGUAGGAAUAUUACGUGUGAAAACUUUACGGUAUUGAAAAUAUUUUGAUCUAUUGGAAAUUUCCGAAGAAACUUAUACCAAUAGCUAAAUUCGUAUUAGAAUACGGGAAACUCGUCGAAACAUCGCGCGAAUAAACCCAUCCCACUGACCCAUCCUCGUCCCCAGGCCCAAGCUCGGGCGGGCCGAGCUUGGGCAUGGGGACGAGUCUCCUGUCAGGUUUUCCUUAAGGAGGAAAACCUGACGUUUGCCGAAUCUUGGAGAAAAUCCGUCUUCUAAUGUGAAUUCAGCUAGUACAGAAGUUGUUAGCGCCUAUGAUUUUGGCGUAACCGUUGCAAUGCUGUCGCCAUGCUCCUAGUUCGUACGUUGAUGAGAGACAUUCACCCCCUGAAAAUAUUCAAAAUGGCGGAUGUUCAGGGGGGUGAAUGCCUCUCGUAAGUGCACUGGCUAGGAAUGUGACGAGUGCAUUUUGAUGACGAAUCAUGGCUUGACGGCGUUUACGCUUUUUUGGCUGAGUCAGACUUCGGUAAAUGUCUAUUCUGUGAUAUUGUGUAUACAGCUAUUUCAGUUAAGGUUGUCCACGAACAAAGCGGAAAAGUCGAAUACGAGCGCGAAAGGCUGCUGGGAAUCGCUAACAAAUUAAUGAAUUUUCAAAGCGGUUCCCAGCAGCCUUUCGCGCUCGUAUUCGACUUUUCCGCUUUGCUCGUGGACAACCUUAAUUGAAAUAGCUGUAUACAUCAGGCAAAGUAACAUCGUUGAUGGUUAAAUAAUCUCAGUUUAGUUAUAGCUGUAACUUAAAGUAAUGGUGACAGUGUAGCCCUAAUACCUGUCCUCCAUAUUAUUUCCCAGGAAUGCAUAAGGAGGAUAGUUGAACGAGGUAAAACCAGUGGUAGAACAGAUGACAAUAUUGAAAGCUUAAGAAAGAGGUUGGUGAAGAAAGAGGCUCGUGCUCGACCAUGUGGGCAACGAAUGCCAAUAUGAAAGUGACAUUUUUUUGUACUGUACUUUGUUUUUUAUAUUAAUAUUCUUUAAACCUAUUCUCCUUCCCCUAUCUUCUCAUUAGGUUUAACACAUACAAGGAAUCGACUAUGCCCAUAAUAAAGCAUUACGAGAAACUUAAUCUUGUGAAAACAAUUCCUGCUACAGGGAAACCAGAGGAGGUACAGUAAAUCACACGAAAUAUUGUAUGGUAUAACAAAAUAAUCAUUAGGGAGUUUAAGCUUCACGUUUGAGGGCACUUUCUUACUAGAAUUUUCGCUUAAAUUCUUUACUUCAUAUUUUCUUUUGGGACUCAAAGAAAUCAUGAUACAUUGCAAGAACGUUUUCCAUUAAUAGCCUUAUAGCCUUUGCCGUUUGACGUAUGAAAGCUCAAACUCCUUAGUAUGGACAGCUGCGAUGUGAUGCACAACUACAUGAAAGAUAGAACUUCCGAAGGCCUUUCGUCAGUCCUGCAUAUAUUUUUCAGAUACUGUAGUUGUAUGUCCUUCUCACCGCAGCUGUCUGUUAUCGUCUUUGUAGGUUCAGGGCCCUAGCCACCAGGAACACCAGGGUGUUCCCCCCCCCCCCCCCCUCGCCCUAUUAGAUUUAGCCCUGUAUCCGUCAUGUUAGUAUAUUCUUUCAAAAGAAAUACCUCUGUCCUGCUAUUUGAAUGUACUCAAUGACAUGAAAAAACCACACUAAAUUUCAAACACUUAGGGUGUUGUAUAGGGAAAUCUUAAGCCAAUAUUUGUUUCAUUUGUCUACAGGUCUUUGAAGAUGUAGAAAAAGCAAUAAAUGCAAUACUUGAAUGAUGGUUGAUCAAUUAUAUGAACAUUUAGAUGUCUAUUUUAAUUAAUGUCUGUGAAACAAUUUUUAUGGAGAAAAUAAAUAAUUCUGUCACGCAGAGCAAUACAGUAAUGCAUGGGCGCCAAUUGCGACCAAAUUUUUAAUCUAGCGACCAAAUAUUUGCCAAAGCUAGCCCUCGUGCGACUGAGAAAAAAAUUUAAAUGAUAAAGGAUUUAAAUAUCUCAAUAUCUUAUUCUGGUUUUGCAUAGAAUUUGCGAAAUUACAACUGUUUUUUAUGUUUUCUGCGCGGUAAUAAAUCGUGACUGACAAUACUGUUUAAUCUAUCUACCAAACGUAAAAUCCUUCGUUUUACCACCUGCAUGUUCCUACUUUUACCUUUUAAGUUUAUGUUGGAAAGAAACAUCUGACAGGGUGGUAGAGGGGAUGAGAUUAGAUUAGAAUACAGAGCCUGAUAAUUUCACAACUUGUCAUUAUUAC